AGUGUUUCUCGCGUAGAUAAGAACUGCUUGAUCCCUUGUUCAGUUGGCCACCAGUUGCGAGUUGGGUGGGAUGGUCAGUACAGGCCGUGUGGGCGGCAAGCACGCGAUGAAGCCAACUGACACAUUAUGCUUGUAAGAAGAUAUUGUCCAUUAUAUGAAUGUGAGACAAAUGUGCGUGUAUUCUGUGUGAAGGAAAGGGAACCCGGGUUUGGUUUAAGAAGGACGUUAAUCUGGUGUGGGCUGGUUGAACGAGAAGCGUAGACUGCGAAGUGAAAGAUGAUGUCACCGGCCUUGGAACUGGUACUUACAUUCUUUCAUUCUGCUCCAAGAAAGCUGUAACUGACCAAACUAAAGUACUGUUUUUUGCGAGUGAACACAUGCAGUGUGCUGUAUGCAUCAACGCCUUCUGACUACUUGUGACUGUCGUGUGAUCAUCAUCUUAAAGAUGCUACAGCAGAUCUUGCAGGACAUGUGGGUGGACCCCGAGUUGCUCGCUGAACUCGAUGAGUCACAAAAGCAGACGCUCUUCUGCCGGAUGAGGGAGGAGCAGGUCCGACGGUGGACCCAGUGGGACCAACAGGAGUCCAGGAAGCCACCCAGCAGUGCCAAACCCGCAGUUACAGGUUGCAGUAAGAAGCAGGUGGACUUCCUGAUGGGGUCUGAUGGUGAGCCAUGGGUUUGGGUGAUGGGAGAGCAUCCCAGUGACCUGAGUAUCGAUGAGAUCCUGGAACAGGAGGCAAGGGAGAAAGCCAGGCGACAGGCUGUGAAGGAAGCAGAGCAGCUCAGGAAGUCUGUGGAGGCAGAGCUGACAGAACUGUUGGACCUCAACCAGAAGCAGAUUGAGGCAAUGGAAGCAGCACAACGACAAGAAGACAGAUUAGAAGACGAGGCAUCGCUCGACAUAUACUGCACAGUGGAUGAACUACGAGAGAAGGUCAACCAAUUCCCCACCUCAAAUAGCAUGUUUGUCAGGAACAGCAUUAACAAGUUGGAUAACAACAACGGCAGUGCCACGCCUGACAAACGAGAUGCCCUGCAGGAGAUCUCCCUCAACAAACCAAAGAAAGUGGCACAGAGAGUGGCUUUGUGGGAGAAGCGGGUUAUGGAGGAGAGGACAUCAGAGAUUUUCAAGCGGCUCCAGAAGAAGAAGAUGGAGGUCGAGAGGGAGGCAGAGGAGGCAGAACACAAACAGGAGCAGCUCUGGAGGGAACAAGAGAGGAAAGCCAAGGAGGCAGAGCUGCAGAUCAGAGAGAUCGCACGGCGAGCCAGAGAGGAGCAUCGAAGGACGUCUGUACUGGAUAUGGAGGUGGAGGUCACCAACAUUACCAGGCACUCACCUGAGAUCAGUCUGAGCCCAGCAAGUAGCAAGAGCCUUAGUCCCACUGCCCACUCAGAGUUCCAGACUGCCAAACCUCCAAGCAAGGAGGCAGUCAUCGAGUGGUUCCGGUCCAGUGAGAUCUCACGCCGGGCGGGGAUUGAACCAAACUCAGACCAGGUGGCCCCCUGGUUCCAUGGACUGAUAACCCGCCAAGAGGCAGAGUCGCUACUGCAUGACAAGCCAAUGGGCAGUUUCUUGGUGAGAAUCUCAGAGCGAAUUUGGGGUUAUGCCAUCAGUUACAGGGAUGCUGACAGAUGCAAACAUUACUUAGUGGACGCAUCCAAUGGUCAUUACCAGUUCCUGGGAGCCAACCAGAUAACACAUAACACACUGGGUGAUAUGGUGACUUACCACAGCCAGAAUCCUAUCACCAUGCUUGGAGGUGAGUGCCUGCAGCAGGCUUGCCCACGCCUCAGCAUUCCAGCCAUUUUCCAGGGGUUGCUUGAGAACCAGUGGUGACUGUAGUACCAUCACGGUCACUAAUGUGUCACAAAUGCUUAUGGGGGAGGGGGGAACAUGGGCCACAAGGAAUAGAGUUAAACCUUCUUACAGGAAUUGAUGGAUUGUUCCACAACUGCAGGAUGCUUAUACAAUAGAUUCAGCCAUUUGACAGAAGUGUGUAAGUGAAAGUGCAUGUACAUUCAUAUUUGAUAGUUCUUUUUUGCUAAGAGGCACUUGUGCAUGAAGACACCCUUCAUGCUGAUAUCUUCAGUUACUCAGAGAAACCAGAUUCUAUUGAUUUUCCAAUAAUGAAGUGGGUUAUGAGUACUUGUUAUAAAGAUGGCACGCAAACGAAAUGCAGAAAUCUUGUUGUUUGAGAAGUUUAUGAAAUUUUGAUAUACGAGUAUAUGUAUGUGUGUUGGUUGCGCCUUGUGCUGUGGAUCAAAUUAAUUAUGUCUACUGAGACUGUACAGGUCAGGCGACAGACAUAAAGAUAGUUAUUUAGUCCAACACUUAGAUUUGCUGGAUUCAGAAAACAAGUACAUAUUUAUGUGAGAUCCAAGGUUGCUUAUAGCAGCGACUGAAGGUGACACCAUGUAGUGGAGUAGAUCACUACCUGCGUUUUGGGGAAACCUGAUGCCUCCUUCUUGAGGGUAGCAGAGAUAGGAGACUGUAAUCUUCAUGCACAUACUUACAUUAAAUGGGUACAGCACCUAGAAACAGUGAAGCAAAAGACAGUCCUAAAUUACUUUGAGACUAGAAACACAGAGGUGGAAGCGACGGAGGAUAUUCAUGUAAAUGAAGGUGAUGACAGUUUUGAAUCUGGUAGUUAUAAUUUUUAAACCUUGAAGCCAGAACAGGUAAUUUAAAGGAUCCUAAAGCAUGCUGAUGGACGGUACCAAUGUGUUUGCAGCAGGCUUCUUCAAACCAUUGGUACCUAUCUCCUACAUGAGGUCCCAGAUUAUCAUAAUCUUAAUAGCCACCACUCUGAGAGCCUCAAAUCAUAUGUAUUAGUCGUUUAGCGGGCAUUAAUGAUUUUUUUUUAAUCCUUGUUGUGUCACAGUGAAUCAGGAUGUUGCUGUACAAAUUGAAAGCAAUAAGAUCACAGUACAUUUGCCAGAGA